UGCUGCGUUCGGAACUCCUCGUCCAACUAGUUGGACAAGUUGGACAAGAUGUUUUGACCGUUCGGAACCCCUACUUUCUCGUCCUGGACAAGUUGUCCAUCUCGUCCAACUCGCCCUGGUUCGCAGCGGGGCUACCAGGACGAGAUGACGUCACAAAGGCGUUUGUUUACAAACAGAGAUAAUGGCAGUCGUCGAGAAAAUUGUGUGUUCAAAGAUCACGAUAAUAAUUAUUGGCUGGAUGCAGAUGGUUCAGUGCCAUUCCCAGAAAAUUCGGUGGUGUACCGUACAAGCACCGAUUUUCCUGGGAGGUAUUUUGCAGACCAGGAGUUAACAGUGGAAUGGGCUCUCGAGUGGCUACCACGAACAGUUGAAGUAUACCCUCGCAGGGUACUUGGGAAACCAGUCUUUGCCUAUCAGAACUUUCCUGCUGUCUCCUCCGCAGCCACAUCGCCUUCUCUUGCUACCAUGUCACCCACUCCAUCAGUUCUUCCUCCAAAGCGACAUGCUCUUCCUACUUGCUUAAAUCCAGUUCUUCCCUCAACAUCCACUACACCAUCUUCCAUGGUAUCUACACCAAUUACUUCCCCAGAGCGGGUUGUUGGUGUAGAACCAAGUGAAAUCGAGGAAGCCGAGGGUUUCACUAAAAAUGAAACCAAUUUUUUUUAUAAAUCUUAUGCAGGAAUAUCUGCAAAAGAAUUAUUAUCCAUUGCUGUUCUCGAUAGCAGAGUUGCAGAGUUGAGUUGGAAAGGAUUAAUUUAACAAAAGGGAAGAAAAGGUUACUUUAGAAGGAAUUGGCCCAGAGGAUGACGGUGAUUUUUGGGAAGAGAUUCCAUCCUGAGAAACUUCAGCGUAAUUGGAAGGGUCUACAGGAUGACUAAGAAGGCAAAAGCCAAUAAUGAAAUGUCUGGGAGAGCUCCCAGUAAAUUUCAGAUUUUUGAGGAGAUGAAGUAACUGAUAGGGGGUCAGCAUGAUAUUGACUUUCCAGUUACAGCCACAGCCAAGGGGAUUCACAUUCAUCGACCAGAUGAAUUGGAUGAAGAAGACCUUGAUGACCCUGACCCUGUGGCUAGUGCUGACCCUGUGGCUGAUCCCAUACCUGGACCCUCACACUUGGAAGUGCCACCACCGGCACGGAGACAAAGGAAGAGGCGACAGGCCAAGGAGAGUGAGACGGUAGUCUUUUUGAGGGAGAGUGACCAGCGUCACUAUGAAAUUAUGAGAGAAGUUUUAGAUGAAAUUAUGAGAGAAGUUUUAGAGCUCAUGAAGAGGAUGCGAGAGGAAGUUGUGGAUGUGCUCUCUGAAAUAGUUAAGAAGAUGUGAUAUAUUUUCAAUAACCUUUUUUUAUGAUUAUUUUUUUCCUAACAAGCCUUUCUUUUUAUUCAGAGUUUAAUUUUGUUUUAUUAUUAUUAUUAUUAUUAUUAUUUUUUAUAUUAGGUGUAAUUAAUUGCUUUACAUUUCAUUGU